AUGACGAGAGGCGACCCCGACACGGCGGGCAUCGACCUAGGAAACAUCAUCAACGGCACUGCUCGGAGCAGACGCAGCACUUCCAACGGUGGAGCACGAGUUUUGCGCAACACUCCGGCGAGAACACAGCGUCUUGGUCAGGGAGAAGUAAAGGCAUCCGCAAAGAAGAGCCUCAAGCAGGCGAGCAAGGUUGGGACCGGACGAGUCGCAAAGACCAAGGCAGGCACGAAGAGCAAGACGGGUGGAAAGAAGAAGACCGGCGCAUCAUCGUCGUCCACUACAGGCAUCAAGCGCAAAGCACCACCGUCGAAGCCGGCGGAGAACAAGCGCAGACGAGGCAAAGGACCUUCUUUAGCACAGCCACAAGAUCGAAAUGGGGUGAACGAGACGGCAGAUGAAGUGGAGAAUGAGGAGCAGAAUGGAGAUGUGACCAUGGGAGGGACUGCCGUUGCGCCGAGAAAAUUUGCAAAGGCAAAGAAGGUCUUCCGGUCAGGCAAAUCAAACCGUGUGACUCGCAGUCAAGGUCCUGUCACCCCAACGGUGGCUGGUGCCACUGCGCCUGUUGCCACUGCGCCUGCUGCCACCGCACCUUCAGUUCAAGCUCCACCUCCAGCACCAGUACCCGCAGUGACUGCUGCGCCGAUUCAAGCGACAGUCGCACCUCCUGCUCAGACACAGCAAGACGAGGAAGAUGGCCGUGACGAAGAGGAUGAUCACAAUGUGCAGGGUGGCGCUUAUGCGGAACAUGAGAUGCAAGGUGGAGGGCCAGAGCAGACUGCAGGUGCAGGUACAAUCGUUGGAGAUGCUGAAGUCGCGGGUCCAUCGAACGAGGACGCUCAGGAGGAGGAGACUACCGACUCAGGCAAUCAAGCCAUUGGCGCGGGACCAGAAGACGAUCUCGCUGAAGAGACGAAUGGUCAAGCUGCAAUCACUGGGCAGGAAACUUCUACGCAGGUGGACGACGCUGGAGGUGAAGUCGAUGCAGCGCCGACUCAUGCUCCACGGAAUGGGAAUGCCGAUACCGAGACCUCCGCUGAGCAGAACGCCGGCUCCACCAAUGCGUCAAAGGCUCAGGCGACUACUCAGACGAGCCAGACUGAGCAAACUUCGGCUGAAAAGCAACAUCUUGGCGGUGCCACGUCUGCAUCGGCUGCCCCUGCUACAUCGGGAGUGGAGCCCGCCGCAGCAUUCCAUCCAUCGGUCGCAGGUCUCGCUGAGGCGCAGAAAGAUACAGACACUGCCGCCAACAAUGCUGGAGGAGAUGUAGCUGGAAGAGAUGAAGCUGGAGGAGAUGAAGCUGGAGGAGAUGAAGCAGCAGGUCAAAUUGAGCCAGCUGCUGGCAAAGAUGCCGGCGAGGAUACUGGCAGUGGAUUCGAAAAGAGCAAUGCAGACAAGGCGGAGGCUCCAGGCGAGGAGCCAAAAGAUCUCACCACAGUCGGCAAAGAGCAAGAAGUGUUUGAAGACAAUGACUCCGCCGUGCAAGGCAGUGACGAGGUCGACCAGACAUUGUCUUUGCCGGGUCUGUCCGACAGGAAUAUUGGACACGUCACGCAGACUCCAGUGGCGAACGCUGGAGCUGAUGAGUGGCCAUCUUUCCCGGAUGCCUCCAACAGCAACAUCGAAGAAGUCGCUCAGACUACCCAAGGCAACGCUGUUGUCGAGGAGGACCCUCCUUUCACGGAUCCAUCGGAAAGCGGCGUUGUGAACGCCUCUCAGGUCCCGAUUGCCGGUACAGGUGACGACAAUCCUGCCGCGCCUUCCAAAUCUCCCACGGCGCCAGCAAACAAGCAGCCUCUUGACCAGAAUGGAUCCGAGGCGCACUCUGCUAUGGCCAACAACGGCACGAGCAGCGCUGUUCCAGCGGCGGGAGUUGACGGCGCAGUCGAGAAGAUCGACCCCCGGCAGAAGUUCUUCAGCGACUUGAGUGCUCUUCACAGCAAAACGAAGCAGCAGAUCGAUGCAGCUUCGAGUGUGAUGGGCAUCGCCGAUGGCAAUGCUCUCGAUAUUGACAUGUUUGAGUUGAGGCUUAUGAUCGAGACGACCAGCUUCAACCAUAGCCAGGAUGUCAGCCACUGGAAUCAGCUUGCGCAGAUGCUCUGCGAUGGCAGGAUGGUUGCUGAAGGCGCUGGGGAGAAGCUUCGUGACUUCUAUCGGCAAUGGAUUCAUCCGUUGACGUUUGCUAAGCAGGAGGCCGCCUACGCCAUGGCCUUGGAGGACAAGCAUGAGAUUACAGAUCCCGUUGGACUGGAUCUGAGCGGGGAGGAUAUGAAGCUGCAGCCUCCGCGACCUUACCUGUUUGCUCAAAUCAUCGCCGACUUCGGAGGGUACGACAUGAUCAUAUUGUCGAUCAGCAAGGGCGACCACGAAUGCUCUUUCGGCGCUAUGGACCAGCUGAAUCUGCUGUGGACGAACAACGAUGACAAAGUUGAAUUGGAGCUCGCCGAGAGUACUCUGUUGGCGGUCUACCACGACCGUCUCCGUAAUCUGGAGAAGCAGUUCCCGGAGUUCGGCCCUGUGAGUAAUGCAACGGAGUGGUCAAGACUGGACCGCGAACGUGAAACUAGAGAGCUCGCGAGCCUCAAGCAGCAUUGCUCGGAGCAAUUGCCUCUUCUGGAGUUUUUGGCUCCUCGCCACAAUACCACGGUUCUUGCGCUGUAUGACUACAGCAUCCACGGCGUCAAGAUCUCCUUGUAUGGCCUGUACGAGGCCUAUCGCAAGCAGGUGGACUCGUAUGGGUCCUUCAACCAUACCACAUCUCCCGAAGUCUGGUCGAGCCUGGCACACGAUUUGCAUUUGUCCCACGUCAACGGUGCGCCGCUCGACUAUGUGUACGCUACAUUUGAGAAAAUGCUUCGCCCAUUUUUGCCAGACCCUCAUCGCCACGCCUUCAACACCACGCUGAAUCUCUUCGACGACAGGGCGACCUUUCAGCAGCUGUUCGAUCGUGAUGUGGCCGGUCUGGUUCCUAUCGGUCCACUUUCUCUCGGUCGCAAUGUCGUCGAUCCUCUUCGUCUCUACUCCGCUGUUGAAGAUCGUGGCUUUGACAGGAUCUCAAACAACUUGACCCAGUGGGAUGAGAUCGCGGACUAUCUUGGGUGCGCAAAUCAGACGACCGCCCACAGCGAGACUGCUGGUCAUGCACUUCGCGAUGCGUACCUAACGAUUCUUGGAGGCAAUCGAGGCCACAACCCUGCAGAUGAGGACGAUGACAAGGACGAUGAUCUCGACGAUGACUUCGAUGACUCGGAAGAUGAGGCAAUGGAGAAGGAGCUGGACGAUCUUGAAGAUGAAUUCAACGAUGAAGACCAAGCCAACGGUGACGAAGAGGAAACCGAUGGAGAUGAGUCUGAUGGAGACGACUCCGAUGGCUCGGAUGAUUUUGGAAAUGACAACAUGACCGGCAUUGCCAUCACUGCGACUGGAAACACUUUCGCCUCCCAUUUCGGUCAUCUCGCUGCCGGUGGUCGUGCAGCACCAGUCAUGACCGCAGCACAAGCUACGAGCUCGACAGCCGACCUGGAGCAAGAUGAUGACGAUCUUCCUGAUGCGACCGAUGAUGAAGGAGAUGAUGCAAAGGUGUCACAUCUUUCCGACUUCUACGGCGCGGCAGGCAAUGAGCUAGACGCUUCACAGUCGCGUGCUCGCCCAGCUCGGUCUCCGCCGAUCAACGACUAUGUCUCAGACGACCUCGAAUCAGACGAUGGGAACAACCCGCAGGAGGUUGCAGGCAAGCCCAACGCAAAGAACGUCGACAAGCCACAGCAGGCUGUCCAGUCUCUCCCGAAGGCUACGCCACAAGUCAUUGCAAAGGGGUCUGAAGUGCAGCGCAAAGCUCCACAGACCUCAUACAACAUUGAUUCAGACAGUGACUCAGAUGGCAACAAUGGCUUCCGCGACGACUCGGACAACGAUUCCGAUGAUGACGACGGCGGCCGCAGCCACGCUGCAUUCACGUCUCGGCAAUUUGCGUCGGCGAUGGGGAGUGGAGGCACAGCUGGAGGUCUUGGAAGUGUUGGCAGUGCAGCUGGGCCCAGCAGCAAGCGCAAGCGUGAUGCUUCCGGUGAAGUCAACCGCGACCAAGGCGCCAACAAUACUGGCACUCCCUCCAACGGCGUGAAGCGUAUGAAGACGGCCUCUCCGGGGGGUCCGUCUUCUCCCUUCGCUCCGCUACUGGAAGGCACUCCCGCACCCUCGCGCGUGAACGCAAACAUCGCGUCGGAGGGCAAAUCCCGCGCGAAGCCAGCAAACAAAGCACCAUUCAUCGAGGAUUCCUCCUCGGAUUCAGAGAUUGACCCUGGCGAUGCUCCUCGGGCUCACAGCUCGAAGUCGCAGCAGCUCUCAGAGCGCCAGAAUGGAUCUCACUCCCGGCCUUUGGCGAGACAGAGUCCGGAGCAGAUGGCUCCCGCGGUGGAGAAGGAGGACUUGACGGAGAUGCGGGCCGGCAAGAUCGCUCCGACCGCUGUCGAUGGCACUGAGCCUCCAGCUCCGGCCGCAUAG